AUGCUGUAUUAUUUGUCUGGGUACGACAUCCCUAACUUGCUGAAAUUGCCGAAUCCUCAAGAGGACUUUACUAACAGGUCGCCCUUUACUAAAAAUAUAGAGAAAUUAGUUCCAUUUGAUUCAUCGUCAUCUUCAUCAUCUUCAGAAUCUCAUAAUUCAAAUUUAAGCUUAUCAAAAUUACCAUUAGCAGCAUUGACAAAAAAGCACGAAUUAUCAGUCCAGUCAUCUAAUUCAGCUUUUUUCAGAUACUCACCCACUCCAAAGAUUAUCCCAUCGAAAUCCUAUGACUCUUUACUAGCAGAACUUCCAUCCAGAUUUUCAUCGGAACUUUUACCCGAGACUUCCUCGCCAUUUUCGGAAUUUUCAACUCACUAUGAAGAAUCUGAAGAAUCUGAAUAUUCCGAAUAUCCAACUCAAUCUGAACAAUCUGAACAACCAAUUCAAUCUGAAGUGAUACCAGAACUUAAAGUUGAAAAGGGAUCAAAGAAAAGCUCAGAUAUUACAAAAGCUCCUGUGUUAUAUUGUGUUUUAUUCAUCCAAAUGGAACUUUGUAAAUUUAACUUAAGAACUUGGAUCGACAAACGGAAUGCUGAACUAAUAAAUAGUACUUCUGUAGAUUAUGAUGCUGCAAUUGAUAUAAUGAUUCAAAUUUUAAGAGGUGUUCAACAUCUUCAUGAGCAUAAUUUAAUUCAUCGUGAUAUUAAGCCCCAAAAUAUUCUUUUUUCUUCUGCUGGAGUAGUUAAAAUUGCUGACUUCGGACUAACCACCAUUAACGAUCUUCCGGAAAGUAUUGCAGAUGUAGCCAAGAAAGGUCAAGGAAAAAAACGAAAGCGUACUCAAGGAUUAGUUACUCUAUCCCUUUUCACGGAUAUGGAAAGAGCAGACCGAUUUGAGCAGCUUAAAGCUUUACAAAUUUUACCCGAUGAAUUGACUAAACACAAGUGCCUUGCUGAUCUAAUCUUAAAAACUGUACAAAAUGACCCAGAUGCCAGACCUGAAGCAUCAGAAAUAUUAGAUAACGAAGAGAUUAUACGUUAUGGUUGGAAAAUUAAUCUUAAUCAACCAUCGUACUCAGAUUUGGUAAUCCUAGUCAAAAAUUUGAGCAACAAAGUGACUGAACUGACGGAUAUUGUCAAAUCUCAAGAUGAAGAGAUAAAAGAAUUGAAGAAACAGUUGAAUCUCAGUGAAACUGAUUCAAGUAAAGAGAAAGCACAAGGAGAGGAAUGA